GACCAAGUGACAACAGGCAUCUUCACAAUGUUCAACUUAAUGCACAAAAGAAAAUUGGAUACGACUUCUACAUCGAUUACCGAAAACAAUGUGGCCAUCCAACAGCUGCAAAAUGACAUUCGUAAAAAACAGCGACUGAGUAUUGCAAGGAACAUGCGGAGGACCACCAAGCCGCCGCAAGUUGAUGUUCCCGUUGAUCGAGAAAUCGAUCCUAAACUCUCUUUGAUUGCGAUGGUCAUAGACCGAUCCUACAGUAUGUCAAGCAUGGGAAGUGAGGUAGAAGGUGGAUGUAACGCGUACCUGGACGAACAACGAGCGACAGACAAAGCUGAUGGGAUCGAAACAUCAGUUAUCUUCACCACGUUUGAUGACAAGAUCGAGGUGAUUCACGACGGGGUCAGCCUUUCGUCCGUACCCAAGGUUACCCGCGAGCAAGUGGAGCCACGAGGUUCCACGGCCUUGUAUGAUGGUAUUGGUGACACACUUCUGCGCACGGCACAACACUUGCGCAAUCAGAAAACUAUGCCUGGGAAAGUGGUAGUUUUCAUUCUCACCGACGGGCACGAGAAUAGAUCUCGCACAUGGGGCGCCGCUAGCGUCACAGCUGAGAUCAAGCGGUUGUCCGUGGCUCCUUUCAACUUUGAUUUCUACUUCGCAGCUGCCAACCAGGACGCGCUGGACAAAGGUGCGAGCAUGGGUAUACCAACUGCACAAUGCCUGGACUAUGACCCUACACCAGGCGGUAUCAAGCAGGCCAUGUACUCGUCUUCAGUCGCUUACACGCGAAGCAAGCGAGGACAAAGCAAGGGCUUCAGCUAUCAGGAACGAUGUUUAUCGAGUAUGAACUAUUCACAUUGAUGAGCAUGCAUGAGAAAAAGCACGCACAAGGAUCGUCGACAUCUGUUCCGAUAGUUCAGUAAACCACUAAAGCGUUGAUCUGGUUCACACUUUAGCAAUGAAUUAUGAACAGAAAAUGUCAGGUCAACCAUGCGGUCAACCACGCCAGUGGUAAGAAAAGUACGUGAGAUAGUCAUAUCUUGAAAUAGUAGGACAAAACCACCUUGAGGAAAAACUAGCAUAGAUAAAAAGUGUAAAUCACCUUGCUGGAUAUUGGUUAUAUUGAUAGAAGAAUACCAUAUACGCCACAUACAAUGGUUGUACUUUUCAUUCUACACUAUAGUACAAUUUCUUCGAAACCGAUUAAAUACACUUAAAAGAUUGAC